AUGGUGCAUGGAAGCAAUCACAAGCUGAAGGCGGAGGCGGAGAAGGUGGGGAAAGAGGUGGAGAAGGUGGGGAAAGAGGCUUGGGCGGUGGUGGCCCGGACCGAGAAGUUUAAGACUCAGGCGGCGGUGGUGGUGGUAAAGGAUCUCGCAGAGUCGGCGCGGGAGACGAAGAGGAUAUCCCCGCAGGGGGGAGCGGAGAGGGUGAACGCAGAGACAGUGGGAAUGAUGGCAGAGGAAAGGAAGGUCGGUAAGGUAGUUGAGAAGGUGGUGCAGAUGAGGGAGGGAGAAAGGGGCAAAACCGUGGGUCCUAAGGCAAGGAGGGCGGAGGUUCAGCCGGGAACGAAGGCGGAGAAGGUUCAAGCCUGGAUAAAAGCAGAUGCUCAGGCGAGGACCACAGCGAAAGAUGUUCAGAUGAUGCUGAAUGCACAUCUGAGGGAGACGGCGGAGGCAGAGAAGGCCGACGAGGAGAGGCGGCAAUUCCCGAAACAGCAGAAGCAGGCGGCGGAGGACUGUUUUUCCGGUCAAGGUACAUCAGUUCUAGAGAAAGAAAGUGAGUCAUGCGCCGAUGACAAAUACUAUAAUGAAAUGAUGAGAAUCUUCCAGAACUAUGAAACGUGCCGAGCGCCCUAUUUCAAGAAGUUCUACAGGCGUUAUGCAGCCGGCCGCGGAGGAGGGAAUGCGACUGUUCAAAGUGGAUCUUUUGGGAAUGGUAGGGUACGGGGGAGUGGGGUUGGUGGUAUUUCGUUCAAGAACGGUGUUUAG